CGACAUGGCAUGCAUUGGCGCAUGGUGCGUGCGGACACAUGAAUGGUGUUUUUCGACAUGGACACGAUUUCCCUCUUAAUUUAACGUCGUUGCUUUUCCUUUUUUUCCUUUUCAUUUUGCGUUUCACCCAACACGUUGGAGUCGUAGAGGAUUCUUAUUUCCCAGAAUUCCCCUUGUGCUUCCCCGGUCUCCUUUUUGGCUUUUGUUCAGGGCGAGCGUCUAAUGGCCUUCGACCAUGGUUCAAGAGCUGUUUUCGUGGCCACACCAGCGUGCGUGGAGUCUAGGGAUUGGCAUCGGCCUUCGGCGUCACGAUCGGUUUAUCAUCAGCAUCCAAGGGAGAGAAAUAAGCAUGGGCGACUUGGACUCAAGAGGUCCGUAGGAGUUAUUGUUAUUUGACUUGUGGUGUAUCGCAACACAUACAACCACACUGGCAUUCAUGCAGGCGGCUUGCGGUGCAAGAAAAUAUACACACAGUGGUGCAGUCUUUCCAAACAAUCAGUCCAACCACCUUUGUGUAUCUACGGCAGCCCUCACACGUGGCGAAAGGAAUUCAACCCCGGAUCGUUUGACUUUAUAUGGCAAAGGACUAUACAUACACAUUCGGGGCACGCAUCUACAAACCGUGCUAAAUACAUCUCCGGGGUUAACGGCAAAAGACUUGGGGGAUAUGGGAUGAAAUGAUACCAACUUUAUACACUUUAAACAGGAAAAUGUUUUUCUUUUCUUUUUUUCUGUUGCACUCUUGCAGGAAAUGUCUUGUCGUGGGCAUUCGUUUUGGUUAGGAUUUCAUCCUCUUGGUGCCAUGUUAUAUUUAUACCCCUUAUUCAUCGCUUCUUUGAACGAGUUGCGACAAACCAUCCAUUCAUCCGACAACGACAAAUACAUCUGCUUAUCUUCUCGGUAUGACACCGCGAACAACAUGAACCAUCACGACAACCCCAGCCGGGUACCACCGAACCGAAACAAACCCCGACAAAACCUUUGUGGAAGGCACGACGUUGGCAUAUGGUGGUGGAGUUCAUGUUCCCCAGGAUGGAAGAGACCACACUCUAUAUUAGAUAUUCUAUAUCUUUUUGCUGCUGAUUUUACUCCUCAUGUAACUCAUGGUUCUCUUUUCCUCGUCUGAUGUGCAACCAUUACUUCCAGAAACGCGCAUUUCAAAACAGCAAGAGCGAGAGAUGAGCAGCAGAUGAGGGACGAAGCCAAAGUCUUUUGGAGGCCUGCCUGCAAUGACUGCGAUUUAAUGCAUCAGAAGCGUGAAUGGGAGAGCCGUCAUGUCAUAUUAGCGAGUAAUUUUUUUUUUCUUGGCUCUGUUGAAGUGUGCUAAUUGACGUUAUUCGGAUAUUACCAAACCUGAAUGUCUGUCAUAGCGGAAUUUUCGACUUGGCAAACAAUGACGUCAAUUGUCCCUG